CGCCCCAAAUUGUGUUUUAACGAGAUUUAUAGAAAACAGCCGCCAUAAUACAAAACAAAAUACCCCUCUAGAUCGCAUAAAUUCGAGUGGAUGCUCGUCGGAGAAGCGAUGGGCGUGCACGGUGGCACUGGAACGCAGUCUGCAGACCCGGCCAUGGGAUUGGGAAGAGCAAAGCCGAAGGUGGUGGUGAUUAUGGGGCCGACCGGUUCAGGGAAGUCCCGUCUCGCCAUCGAUUUAGCUUCUCACUUCCCCGUGGAGAUCAUCAACGCCGACUCUAUGCAGGUUUAUCAAGGAUUGGACGUUCUCACCAACAAACUCCCCCCUGAAGACCAAAAUGGAGUGCUGCAUCAUCUUCUAGGUACAGUGAGUCCAGACGUUGAAUUCACGGCGAAAGAUUUUCGAGAUUCUGCCAUUCCUGUUAUUGAUGACAUAAUAUCUCGUGGGUGCUUGCCAAUGAUAGUGGGUGGAACAAAUUAUUAUAUACAGGCUCUUGUUAGCCCAUUUCUUCUGGAUGAUUCUGCAGAAAACAUUGGUGAAGGUUGCUCCAGUUAUCCUGGAGAUGAGGUGCUCGGUAUUGAGUUGGAUGAGGGAAGAUAUCGUUUGAAGUAUGACCAUAACCACCUUAAUGAGAUUGAUCCAGUUUCAGCAAACAGAAUCCAUCCUAAUAACCACAGAAAAAUAAAGCAAUACCUGAGUUUGUAUUACCGCACUGGUGUUCUUCCCAGCACACUUUUUCAAGGAAAGGCUGCUGAGAAUUGGGGUCAAGCUGAUAGUUUCAGAUAUGAUUGCUGCUUGAUAUGUGUUGAUGCAUCUGUUCCACAACUUGACCAACAUGUUGAUUCUAGAGUUGAUAGUAUGAUGGCUGCUGGAUUACUUGAUGAGGUCUAUGACAUUUACAAUCCGAGUGCAAACUACACUAGAGGAUUGCGCCAAGCUAUUGGUGUUCGGGAGUUUGAAGAGUUUUUGAGAUAUUACCUACUUAAAGGAAGAUGUGAUAAAGAUAGUGAUGGAAUCAGUCCAAGUAAUUCAAUGGAGGACUGUAAUGAGAUUUUGAAAGAGAAUAUGAGGUCAAUCCUAAAUUUACCAAGUGAUGGUCAAUCCAGUUUGCUAUUGAAAGAAGCCAUAGAUAAUGUAAAGUUGAAUACUAGAAGACUGGUUCGUCGGCAGAGGAGGCAGCUAAAGAGACUGGAAACUUUAUUUGGAUGGAAGAUACACUAUGUUGAUGCCACUGAGUAUAUAUCAUGCAAAGUGGAGGAUUCAUGGACUGCACAAGUUGUUGAACCUGCAGUCCAUAUAAUUAAGUCUUUCCUUGAAGAUAGUUGUUUAGCAACUGAGAAAGCGACCCCACACGAUUCUGGGCAAACAAUAAAAAGGGACUUGUGGACACAAUAUAUGUGCAAGGCUUGUGGGAAUAAAGUACUGAGAGGAGCACAUGAAUGGGAGCAACACAAUCAAGGGCGCACACAUCGGAAACGAAUAUCUCGGCUUAAGAAGUGUGAAGGGCUUUCUUUGAUACAACAGAAACUACCACAAAAGUAACUCCUUAUAGCUUGUGAUCUUCUAAUUUAUUUUCAUUGCCUGAGCCUUGUUGCCUGAUACCUGUGCUGCUGAGGAUCGGCCCUGGGAAUUGGUAUUACAGAGUAGUACUGGCUUUGUUUUUUGGUCUUUUUUAUAACCCUUUAGAUAAAUCUACAUGUGAUUUCGGCUCUUAAGAGUUAAGAGUCGAAUUGUAUAAGCCUAGUCUAAUCUAAUAUUAGCUUUGUCUUGGUUUCUGAUUC